AAUAUAUAAUUUUGAGGCAACAUCUCAACUCACAGUGUCUUCAGCUCAACUCUGUUCUUUCUUCACUUCAUUUAUUUCACUCUCUCUCAAUCCAAACACUAAACCUCUCUUUCUUCUCCUUCUACUUUUCCUUCCACACAAUCUUCACAAAUAAAACAAAAUUGAGAGGUGAAGUAAAAUAAACAUGGCGGACAUACAGCAAGCAGACGGAGUGGAAGGGCCAUUGCCGGUAGCUUCAUCUGAGACGGUUGGAUCGAAACGCCAGAGACGUCCAAGCGUUCGGUUAGGCGACAUCGGCGGUGAGCAACCUUACGAUUCUCAUGUAAGAAGACCCUUCUCUUCUUCCAAGCAAUGGAAACACCACUCCAACAACCUUUCCUUAAAUCCCUCACUCGCCUCUCCCAAUUUUAAAUCUUCCAAAACUCGCGCCCUUACCAAUCUCACUACUGAUUUCAACGCCACCAACGACACCCUCGAUGACCAUACUGAAGCUCAAAACAAUUUAGAUGGCGUUUCAAUUGGUAGCUGGGGAGUCAAAGAUUCCACGAAACGAGGCCCGGCCACGAAACGGCCUCGGUCCAAUUGGGUUCCCAAAAUCGAUGAUUCCAAUGGCAACAAUAACAACAGUCAUGUGGAAACAGAGGACAAAUACAGUGGCAGCAAAGAUAACGAAAAUUUCGACAUGGAGAACUCGGAAAGUCCCAUGAAAGAGCAGAGUCCAAUUCAUUCAUCGGAUAAUUUGGGUAUCGACGGCAACGAAAGGGAAGUUCUUUACCCUGGAAAUAACCAAAGACGUACGAUUCGGACCCGGGUUUUCGAUGGGGUCGAUUUAUCUGCUCCGUCUUGUGAGGAAGAUGGGGUUAGUAUAUGGUUGAAUAGUUUGGGUUUAGGAAGGUAUGCCCCGGUUUUUGAGAUCCAUGAAGUGGAUGAUGAAGUUUUGCCAUUGUUGACAUUGGAAGAUUUGAAGGAUAUGGGAAUAAAUGCAGUUGGUUCAAGAAGGAAACUGUUCUGCGCAAUCCAGAAACUCAGUAAAGGCUUUUCAUGACAUUUAUCACCCAUUGCAAUUGCAUUGUUCUUAUAUGGUGCUUUUGUUAAGGUAAUACUAACUAUUUGUUGAGAACUUUAAUGGAAGACAUGAUACAAUAUCAACUUUUCUUUUGGUUACAUGAAAGUGCUUGGCAAAAUUAAGUAAUUUCAAUCAUAUUCUUAUGGUUUUCUCAUUUCUUUUCUUGUUGUAUAGUGAAGUACUUGAUUAUGGCGUGUUUGUAUGGAAAGUUGAUAUCAAGGAAUAAAGCAUUAUGUCCAAGGUGUUUAUUUA